AUGUCUGCUUUAAAUAUCGAAAACUUACAAAAUACAUUCCAGAAUGCCGUUAACCUAGGUGGUUCUCCAGGUGCCGUUUCUACUUCACCAACCCAAUCUUUCAUGAACACUCUACCAAGACGCCUGAGUACUUCUAAGCAACAAAAGAUUUUGAAGCCAUUUUCCACUGGUGACAUGAAGAUCCUAUUAUUGGAAAAUGUCAACCAAACUGCUAUUGAAAUUUUUAACAAACAAGGUUACCAAGUUGAAUUCCUAAAGGGAUCUCUACCAGAAGAAGAACUGAUCGAAAAGAUCAAGGAUGUUCACGCUAUUGGUAUCAGAUCCAAGACUAAAUUGACAGCUAAGGUUCUUGAACAUGCUAAGAAUUUGGUCUGUAUUGGUUGUUUCUGUAUUGGUACUAAUCAAGUUGAUUUGAACUUCGCUGCUAAGAAAGGUAUUGCUGUCUUCAACUCUCCAUUCUCCAAUUCCAGAUCUGUUGCUGAAUUAGUUAUUGCUGAAAUCAUUUCUCUAGCUAGACAACUUGGUGAUAGAUCCAUUGAACUACAUACUGGUACUUGGAACAAAGUUUCCAACAAGUGUUGGGAAGUAAGAGGUAAGACAUUGGGUAUUAUCGGUUACGGUCACAUUGGUUCUCAAUUAUCUGUUCUAGCUGAAGCCAUGGGUCUACACGUUAUUUACUACGAUAUUGUUACUAUUAUGGCUCUAGGUACCGCUAAACAAGUUUCUACUCUAGAUGAAUUAUUAAACAACUCUGAUUUUGUCUCUCUACAUGUUCCAGAAACUCCAGAAACUAAGAAUCUAUUAUCUGCUCCACAAUUUGCUGCUAUGAAGGAUGGUGCUUAUAUGAUUAAUGCCUCCAGAGGUACUGUUGUUGACAUUCCAUCUUUGAUUGCUGCUAUGAAGGCUAAGAAAAUAGCCGGUGCUGCCAUUGAUGUUUACCCAGCUGAACCACGUAAGAAUGGUGUCGGUGCCUUCGCCGAUGAUUUAAACAAAUGGACUUCUGACUUAAUUUCUUUACCAAACUUGAUUCUAACUCCUCAUAUCGGUGGUUCUACCGAAGAAGCUCAAAGCGCCAUUGGUAUUGAAGUUUCUACUGCAUUAUCUAAUUACAUCAAUGAAGGUAACUCUGUUGGUUCUGUUAACUUCCCAGAAGUUAGUUUGAAGGCUCUAAAUUACGACCAAGAAAACACUGUCCGUGUUCUAUACAUCCAUCAAAAUAUUCCUGGUGUCUUAAGAACUGUUAAUAAUAUUUUAUCCAACCAUAACAUUGAUAAACAAUUCUCUGACUCUCAUGGUGAUGUUGCUUAUUUGAUGGCUGAUAUUUCUUCAGUUGACCAAAGUGAUAUUAAGGAAAUUUAUGAAAAAUUGAAUCAAACAGAUGCUAAGAUCUCUAUCAGACUAUUGUACUGA